AUGGCUAAUAGAGGCUAUGAUGUUGUCGUCGAUGUCGACGCGGAGGGCGACCUAGGCCACACUGACCUCCAGGACGACGACCUGGAAUUCCACCCUUCGAAUUUCGAGAACAACCCGUCUAGCCGCAAGAUCCAACCUGACUCAACAUCUUUCCUGGCCAACAGUGCGACAAACCCAGCAACUCGCCCCAACGAUCCUUCCGCAGUGCCCUCGAAGCAUAUGCUCUGGUCCCUAUCUUUCUACGCGCAGUUCUUCGACGUCGACACAUCCACGGUCCUCCAGCGUUGCCGGAGAGCGCUACUACCUUUCCUUCCUAACCAGCCACCCUUCAUUGAGACCUUGGAAGGGAACCCCGAUUUAUAUGGGCCCUUCUGGAUCGCCACGACUGUGGUGGUCAUCCUCUUCCUCACAGGUACUAUAAGCCACAAGCUUGCGUCGGAGGGCAGGAAACACUUCGAAUAUGACUUCCGUCUGCUCAGUGGGGCGGCGGCAUUGAUCUAUAGCUACACAGCGUUCGUCCCGCUGGGUUUGUGGGGUGCGCUGCGCUGGUUCGGCGCCCAGUCUCUCGACCUGGUCGAAUGCUGGGCUCUGUACGGAUAUGGAAAUCUCUUCUGGAUCGCCGUCGCUCUGGUUUCGUGGUCGCCGCUCAACGGCCUUAACUAUGCCUUGGUUGGGUUGGGGUAUGCCGUGAGCGUCUUCUUCCUGGUCAAGAAUUUGUACCCUGUGAUCGCUGCGACGGAUAAGAAGAUCAGCCAGAUACUCCUCGUUGUUGUGGUGGCUUUGCAUGCGGGCCUGGCGAUUGCGAUCAAGAUCUUGUUCUUCAGUCACAAGAGCCCUGCGACGGAUGGGGACGACAAAAGAUUCGCCCAGUUUCUGGUCUAA